AUGUCUCAGGCUCAACGUGACCAGCAACCUCCGAAGCCAGCGCCCUCUGCGGCUCUGCAGCAGAGUGACAACAUUGCCCACGCGCUGGCGGGUGCUGGUGGUGGCGUCCUGUCGAUGGUCUUGACAUACCCUUUGAUCACCCUGUCCACCAGAGCCCAAGUCGAGUCCAAGCGCGCGCACUCCACCGCCCUCGAUGCGGUCCGACGUAUUGUCCAGCGGGAGGGCAUUUCCGGGCUCUAUUCGGGUCUGGAAUCCGCCCUGUUCGGAAUCAGUGUUACCAACUUUGUAUACUACUACUGGUACGAGUGGACCCGCGCGGCUUUCGAGAAGGCUGCCGUACAGGCUGGCCGGGCCUCUAAGAAGCUCACAACUGCCGAAUCUAUGAUCGCCGGUGCGAUCGCUGGCAGCGCUACGGUGCUCCUCACCAACCCGAUCUGGGUCAUUAACACCCGCAUGACUGCUCGAAAGUCGGAAUCCGAGGAGCAGUCCCUGCCAGGGGCUCCUCAGAAACCCAAGGCCUCGACCCUCAGCACCCUGAUGGACUUGCUACGACAGGAAGGUCCCAAGGCUUUGUUUGCAGGUGUCCUGCCUGCGUUGAUCCUGGUGAUCAAUCCCAUCCUGCAAUACACUAUCUUUGAGCAGCUGAAGAACGUUGUGGAGCGUCGACGGCGGAUGACUCCAAAGGAUGCUUUCUACCUGGGGGCACUGGGUAAGAUCAUGGCCACGAGCAUUACGUACCCCUACAUCACUGUCAAGAGCCGGAUGCAUGUGGCCAGCAAGGAUGGCCCUAAGGAGACCCUUAAUGGAAGCCUCAAGAGAAUUAUUCAAGAGGAAGGCUGGACCGGGCUUUACAAGGGCAUUGGGCCAAAGGUGACCCAGAGUGCCAUCACUGCGGCAUUCCUCUUUGCUUUCAAAGAUGUGCUCUAUGACACGAUGGUAUCACUGCGCAAGGGACGUGCCAUUCGGAAGUAA